AUGUACACAAUAUGUCACAUUUCGUUUGAAGUUGACAUCAAAUACAACACACCUGCUCCCUCGGCUCCCACACGCUCAGACGGCCCCCACACGCUCACACGGCCUCCACACGCUCAGACGGCCCCCACAUGCUCAGACGGCCCCCACACGCUCAGACGGCCCCCACAUGCUCAGACGGCCCCCACAUGCUCAGACGGCCCCCACACGCUCAGACGGCCCCCACAUGCUCAGACGGCCCCCACACGCUCAGACGGCCCCCACACGCUCAGACGGCCCCCACAUGCUCAGACGGCCCCCACACGCUCAGACGGCCCCCACAUGCUCAGACGGCCCCCACAUGCUCAGACGGCCCCCACAUGCUCAGACGGCCCCCACACGCUCAGACGGCCCCCACACGCUCAGACUGCUCCCACACGCUCAGACGGCCUCCACACGCUCAGACGGCCCCCACAUGCUCAGACGGCCCCCACAUGCUCAGACGGCCCCCACAUGCUCAGACGGCCCCCACAUGCUCAGACGGCCCCCACAUGCUCAGACUGCCCCACAUGCUCAGACUGCCCCACAUGCUCAGACGGCCCCCACAUGCUCAGACGGCCCCCACAUGCUCAGACGGCCCCCACAUGCUCAGACGGCCCCCACACGCUCAGACGGCCCCCACACGCUCAGACGGCCCCCACACGCUCAGACUGCUCCCACACGCUCAGACGGCCCCCACACGCUCAGACGGCCCCCACACGCUCAGACGGCCCCCACACGCUCAGACGGCCCCCACACGCUCAGACGGCCCCCACACGCUCAGACUGCUCCCACAUGCUCAGACGGCCCCCACAUGCUCAGACGGCCCCCACAUGCUCAGACUGCCCCACAUGCUCAGACGGCCCCCACAUGCUCAGACGGCCCCCACACGCUCAGACGGCCCCCACACGCUCAGACAGCCCUCACACGCUCGGACGGCCCCCACACGCUCGGACGGCCCCCACACGCUCAGACGGCCCCCACACGCUCAGACAGCACCCACACGCUCAGACGGCCCUCACACGCUCAGACGGCCCUCACACGCUCGGACGGCCCCCACACGCUCAGACGGCCCCCACACGCUCAGACAGCACCCACACGCUCAGACGGCCCUCACACGCUCAGACGGCCCUCACACGCUCAGACGGCCCCCACACGCUCAGACGGCCCUCACACGCUCAGACAGCCCCCACACGCUCAGACGGCCCCCACACGCUCAGACGGCCCCCACACGCUCAGACGGCCCCCACACGCUCAGACUGCUCCCACACGCUCAGACUGCCCCACACGCUCAGACGGCCCCCACACGCUCAGACGGCCCCCACAUGCCCGGACGGCCCCCACACGCUCAGACGGCCCCCACACGCUCAGACAGCACCCACACGCUCAGACGGCCCUCACACGCUCAGACGGCCCCCACACGCUCAGACGGCCCUCACACGCUCAGACAGCCCCCACACGCUCAGACGGCCCCCACACGCUCAGACGGCCCUCACACGCUCAGACAGCCCCCACACGCUCAGACGGCCCCCACACGCUCAGACGGCCCCCACACGCUCAGACGGCACCCACACGCUCAGACGGCCCCCACACGCUCAGACUGCCCCACAUGCUCAGACGGCCCUCACACGCUCAGACUGCCCCACAUGCUCAGACGGCCCCCACACACUCAGACUGCCCCCACACCCUUAG